AUGUCUCGCCCAGAAGAUACACUCCCCCCCGACCUCCACUACAAUGACACCGAAGCACGCAAAUACACCACUUCCUCCCGAAUCCAAAAUAUCCAAGCGAGCAUGACCAACCGGGCCCUCGAGCUCCUCGACCUUACCACCCCUUCCCUCCUCCUCGACAUCGGCUGUGGUUCCGGUCUCUCAGGCGAAAUCCUCUCCGCCGUGCCCGAAGACGAAGGCGGACCACACAUUUGGGUCGGAAUGGAUAUUAGUGCUUCCAUGCUCGACAUCGCAUUACAGCGAGAUGUAGAGGGUGAUUUGAUGUUAAGUGAUAUUGGUCAGGGCGUUCCCUUUCGAGCCGGAAGUUUCGAUGCUGCAAUUAGUAUUAGUGCCAUUCAAUGGUUGUGCAAUGCGGAAAGUAGUGAGGUCUCGAGUGCAGGACGGCUUUCGAGGUUUUUUGGAGGAUUGUAUGCUUCGUUGAAGAGAGGAGGAAGAGCUGUGUGUCAAUUCUACCCGAAGAAUGAUCAGCAGAGAACGAUGAUUACUGGUGCUGCUAUCAAGGCUGGUUUUGGAGCGGGUAUAUUGGAGGAUGAUCCGGGAACGAAAAACGCAAAGUUGUAUCUGGUUUUGACGGUUGGUGGAGGAGAUGUGGAGACUAGCAAUGGAGAUAUUACGGGAAUAGUGAAGGGAAUGGAUGGAGUUGAUGUGUUGGAUGCUAGGAAGAAGCAUAGAGAAAAGGGUAGAAAGGAUGUUAAGAAAGGUAGCAAGGCAUGGAUUUUGGGGAAGAAGGAACAAAUGGAAAGGAAAGGAAAGGUGGUUAAGAAUUCGAGCAAAUAUACAGGACGGAAGAGAAACAUUGCUUUUUAG